GCUACGUCGCGUAUCUACCUACGCAUGCGCCGCGAAAAAAAGAGGGUGGCGCUUUGUCACGUGACGGGCCCAAGAUGGCGGCGCUGAGGGCGGUCCUGGGGUGCAGGGGGGCCCCCGCCCCGCGCCCCCCACCCGGGCAGAGCCGGGGGGCGGCAGGGGGGCUGCUGCGGCGCCUGGGGCGGUGGUUCUACGAGAUGGAGGCAGUGACGGUCUGGGAAGAGCGGCUGCGGCAGCACAGGCUGCGGAGGAAGAACGCGUACCUCAGCUUCCUCAGGGACAGCUACGGGGACAACGUGGUGGCUGCCGUCUUCAUCCUGUCCUGUGGCGGGGGGGUCAGAUUUGAGGGGCAGGAGGACUGGAUCCGGCCGCAGGGUGACUGGUGCCCCAAGGUGCUGCACCUCCGUGACGUCCCCGUGGUGGCCCUGGACCUCAGCGGCUCCCCCGUCACCUACAAUGGCUUGGACAACCUGGUGGCGCUGACCCAGCUGCAGCACCUCGACUUGAGCGGGUGCCCCCACCUCGACGACUGGGCGCUGGGGCGGCUGCACGUCUUCGGGGACACCCUGCGGGAGCUGUCGGUGGCUCGGUGUCCCCGCGUCACCGAGAGGGGCCUGGCCACCCUCCACCACCUCCGGGAGCUCCGGCGUCUGGACGUGGCAGGGGUGCAGGUGCCCAGCCCGGGGUUGGUCCGUAUCCUGCUGGAGGAGAUGCUGCCAGGCUGCCAGGUCCUGGGCAUGGACCUCGGGGACAGCGUGGGGACGGGGACACCGACACCACCGGGGCAGGGAAAGCCCCCCGCCUGAGGCUGACGGGGUUUUGGGGUGUGGAGGGAGCUGCGCCGCCCCCCCGGAGCAUUAAAUGCCUGGAGGCUGCGGGCUGCCUCCCCUCCCUCCGUGGAUUUGGGUUUUCUUGGCAGUAA